GUUAGUUGUGAAAAACAUGGUGUACAAUUUUUUCGAACGAUGUCUCUUCCAAGGACGAAUGUUGCAAUAUUUGGCUGUUUUUGGAGCAAACAUCAGCCUCGUCUCAAUGGGCAUGCAUUUCGGUUGGCCAUCUUCAUCCAUCCCCAUUUUGAUGAACGAAAACUUUAUCCAUCAAUUCACAAUGAUAGAAACAUCCGUGCUGGUAUCAUUGAUUCCUCUAGGAGCCAUACCGGGAUCACUACUAGGUGAAAUAAUCUCAGACUUGACAGGAAGGAGAAAUUUGAUAGUAAUCAGCACAAUACCCUUGGUCGUAUCUUGGUUGCUUCUCGCUUUUGGAACUUUAAAAUAUUUUUAUUUCGUAGCUAGGUUUUUAGCUGGUAUAGCGGAUGGAUUGCUGUAUACAAUAAUACCAGCGUACACAGCUGAGAUAUCAGAUCCAGAAAUUAGAGGAAUGCUGGGAUCAUUGUUACAAAUGUUUAUGAACUUUGGAAUGCUGUUUAUCAACGUAUUGUAUUUUAUAUUGAACGAUUCUUUAACUACAGUUGCUUAUGUCGGUGCUGGAUUAAGCAUUACAACUCUUUUUAUAGUUCCACUAAUGCCAGAAAGUCCUUAUGUUCAUAUUCAAAAUAGAAAUAUGACCGCAGCUGAAGACUGUUUAAAAAGACUUAAAGGAAAAUCCGAUAUUUCUAUCGAAAUGAAGAGGAUAUGCGAAGGAAUGUUUAUAGAAAAAAAAGAUAACGAUAAAGAGUCCUGUGUUAUCCUAAGUCGAUACAAAAAAUGCCUUUUAAUUUCUGUUGGAAUGACUUUUGUUCAACACUUCAGCGGUAUGAUAGCUAUACAAUCGUAUUGCGAAAUACUAUUCUCAUUCCAAACAUUCAUAUCUCCAAAACUAGCCAAUAUUCUCUAUUUCGUCACAUUCUUCUUAUCGAAUUUUGCUUUGUUGUUUUGGGUGGACUAUUGCGGCCGAAAACCUUUAUUAUUAUUCUCAAUAUCGAUUUGCUGCCUAGCUUUAUCUAUACACGCAUUGUAUCUUUUAUUAAAAGACCGUUUGGACCUAAAUCAAAGCUCUUUGGACUCCGUAGAGCUGUUUGCGGUUUUGAUCUUCACUUCGGCUUAUAGUGCAGGACUCCAAACUUUACCGAUUUUGAUUACCAGCGAAAUUUUUCCGACAAAUUUGAAAUCUACAGCGCAAUGUAUUGGUAAUAUUGGUUACAGUGUGUAUAGUACUAUGGUUGUCAUUAUGUUUAGCUUCUUUAGUGAAAAUGAUGCUUUAUAUGUACCGUUUUUUAUUUUCGCAUUGGUCUGUUUAUUAGGAGUAAUAUUUGUUGUUAAAUUUGUGCCGGAAACUAAACAUAAGACUUUAGAGGAGAUACAGUUAAGUUUGAAACAAUUAUAGAGUAGUAUUUACAGUAGUAUUAGUAAAGUGGUGCUGGGAAACAGUACAAAUCGUACAAAGAACAUCAAGAAAAUAUCAUCAUACGUGCUUGUUACCUAACGAAAAUGUACAAAUAAUCAAUAAAUAUAUGUCCAAUUCAGUCGUUAUUGUUUGUUAUUCUGUUCAUUUGUAUAUAGUAGGAC